AUGAGAGCUUGCACACCAUCAAAAGUAAAAAGAUAUGAAAUAAACAGAACUUUGAUGCCGUACAAAGUCCAUAUAGUGGCAGUAAUUUGGCCAGAGAAUUAGCAUAAAUUAUUUGACUUUGAUUCCAAUUCAUAUUUUGUAAAAGAAAUCGAAGUUGAUUUUUCAUGUAUUUUGAUAAGAUAUUCUCUUUUAGCUUUAAUAGCAACAGUGGACAAAGAACUAGUGGCUUUAACCUAAACGGAAUAGGCUGAAAAUUCAACUGAAUUGGUGAACAUUACGAUGAAUGAAUAGGAUGCCUAUAUAAAUUGUAUAUCUGAAUAGCAGGAUCAUAAAUUAUGGGCGGUAUUGAAAUUAGAAAGCAAUUAAUUUUCAUCCAUCGAACAUAGAGAUUUAAAAAUAGGAGACAUAAUAAAAUUAGGAAGAGUGAGAAUGGAAUUAUUGGAAUAUUCUUUUAUGACACCCUGUGAUGAGGCAACACAAUAUUAGGAUGAAUAGGAAGAUGAAGUUUAAACAAUAAACGAUGUGUUUAAUUGUACAAUCUGCUUUUCAAGUAGAGCCACUGAAACUAAUCCUUUGAUAAGACCAUGUAAGUGUGAAGGAUCAGUUAAAUACAUACAUUUGGAGUGUCUAUAAAGUUGGGUACGAAUAGAAUUGAAAAUUAAAUAUGAAGAGCAUUCUAUAUAGUAUCUAUGGAAGAGAUUAGAUUUUGAAAUAUGUAAAGCCACAUUUAGGAGCAUUUACAAAUUUUAAGAUAAAACAUAUUCAGUUCUUAAAUUGCCAAAAUCAUCCUAUAUCACCUUCAAGAUUACAAAUGACGAUACAACAAAAGAGGCUAUGAUAUAUGUAGUUGAGAUCGGAGAAAAAACUGAAUUAAAAAUUGGUAGAAUUCCAGAUUGUGAUUUUAAAUUACGGGACAUAUCUGUUUCGAGAACACAUGCUAUUCUCAAAUUAAUUCCAACAAGCAAACAUACUCCUGAGACACCUGAUUACAUAAUUAGAAUUCAAGAUAACAAAAGCAAAUUUGGAACACAUGUUCUAGCCUAAGAUCAAGAUUUACUUAAAAUUUCUGAUGAAGGAACCCAACCAAUCGUCCUAUUUUAGACUGGAAGAGUCUUAUUAUAAUGUACUAAGAAAAAGAAGCUCAACUAAAAUUCAAGUUACAAGCAUCCAGAAAAUAUUACACUGACUUUAAAUUAGACAAAAUUACAAUUUGAAUAGUAAGAGGUACAAGAAUCAUUCGUUAAGCAUGAUGAUCUCAAGGCUAGUGAUAUUACCUUAAAUAAUUCUUAACACUUUUGCAAUAAUAAUAGAGCAAGGGAUUCGAAAUGA